AUGGUUUACUUCAACUCACAGAUCGCUGAUUCGACAGCUCCGUAUCGAAAUGUACGUCGUGUACAAUUCGGUAUCUUAUCACCUGAUGAAAUAAAACGUAUGUCAGUUACAAAUCCUCCGAUCGAACAUCCUGAAUUGAUGGAAGGAGGAAAACCUAAAGAACGUGGUCUAAUGGAUCCACGACAAGGACCGCCUGACCGAAAUUCCAAAUGUAAAACAUGUGCUGGUUCAUAUAUCGAAUGUCCAGGUCAUUUUGGUCAUAUCGAAUUAACAAAACCAGUUUAUCAUGUUGCUUUUCUUUCGAAAGUCUUAAAAGUUCUACGUUGUAUUUGUUUUCAUUGUUCGAAAUUACUCGUUGAUCCAAAUGAUCCGAAAAUUGUUGAUAUUUUGAAAAAAACCAAAGGACAAUAUCGUCGACGUUUAGCUUUUGUUUUCGAUGUUUGUAAAGGACAAAAAGUUUGUAAAGGAAGUGAAAGUGACAACAACAACGAAGUAACAUUGAAAUAUAGUGGCGGCUGCGGUCGUCCUCAACCAAAAUAUCGUCGAUCUGGGUUAGAUGUUUACAUUGAAUGGAAAAAUGUUCCGGAUGAAAAUCAAGAACGAAAGAUGAAAUUAACUGCUGAACGUGUCUUAGCGAUCUUCAAAUCAAUUCCUGAUCAAAUUUGUCACAUACUUGGAAUGGAUCCACGUCAUGCAAGACCUGAUUGGAUGAUUAUUACUGUCUUACCUGUUCCACCCAUGUGUGUUCGACCAUCUGUAUUAGUAUUUGGUACAGCACGUAGUCAAGAUGAUUUAACAUAUAAUUUAGCAAAUGUUUUGAAAGCAAAUAAAACUUUACGUGAAGAUGAACAACGUGGAACAGCUUCGCAUAUUGUUGAUGAACAUUUACAAUAUCUUCAAUAUCAUUGUGCAACAUUANUACGAAUUGAAUUAGAUCGAAAACGAAUGACGGAUAAAACUUUAACUAUGGAACAAAUCUCUGAAAAGAUUUCUCAAGGCUUCGGUGAUUGUCUCAAUGUUAUAUUCAAUGAUGAUAAUGCGGAAAAACUUGUUUUACGUAUUCGUACAGUUGAUCAAGCGAAAAGUGCAGCAGGAGAAGAAGUCGAAGAUACAACACGAAUGGAUGAUGAUACAUUUUUACGUUGUUUAGAAUCAUCGAUGUUGUCUGAUUUAACAUUACAAGGUAUUGAAGCCAUUGCCAAAGUUUAUAUGGUCAAUCCAAAACUCGAUGAAUCGAAGAAACGUAUUCAAAUUAGUGAAAAUGGUGAAAUUGAAAAAAUCGCUGAUUGGAUGUUAGAAACCGAUGGUACAGCUUUGAAGAAAGUCUUAUCAACAAAAGAUGUCGAUUCACGUCGAACAUUUACCAAUGAUGUUGUGGAAAUUUUCGAUGUACUUGGUAUUGAAGCUGUACGAAAAGCAAUUGAACGUGAAAUGAAUCAUGUCAUCUCAUUCGACGGUUCUUAUGUUAAUUAUCGUCAUUUAGCUUUGUUAUGUGAUGUUAUGACCACCAAAGGACACUUAAUGGCUAUUACAAGACAUGGUAUCAAUCGACAAGACGUUGGACCCAUUAUGAGAUGUUCAUUCGAAGAAACUGUCGAUGUUUUAAUGGAAGCAGCGGCACAUGCCGAAACAGAUCCAUUGAAAGGUGUUUCAGAAAAUAUCCUUCUCGGACAAUUAGCCAAAAUCGGUACAGGUUCAUUUGAAUUAUUGUUAGAUGUAGAAAAAUGUGCAUCGGCAAUGGAAUUACCAAUGAAUUUUGGACAAGGGCAAUUUGCAUUAAUGGGACAUGAAGCGCAACAAGAAUUCGAACGUGAUCGACAUGGUCCUGGAACACCUUGGAUCAAUUCAUUGUCAACAACACCAUCGCAUUGGCCACAAACGCCUGCACAAAUGACACCGAUGGGACAAGGUGGAUUUUCACCAUCAUCAACAACCGAUACAAUUGGUUUUUCACCUGCUUAUUCACCUGCAUAUCCAUCAUCACCUGGAAAUAUGUCACCAUCACCAUAUACAAACAUUCAAUCGCCAUUAUCACCCUCAAGUUAUAAUCCACAAUCACCUAGCAAUUAUCCAGUUACAUCACCAUCGUAUUCACCGAAUUCACCAUCAUAUUCUCCAACCUCGCCAAGAUAUUCAUCAAAUGAUUUCUAUGGUUCGAAAUCUCCUCAUUAUAGCCCAACAAGUCCAUCCUAUGGCGCAACAAGUCCAACAUAUUCUGGUAGUGGUGCAAAACAAGGUUCAACAUCGCCAUUCUAUUCACCAACGAGUCCGUCUUAUUCACCAACAUCCCCAUCAUACUCACCAAAUCGUUCAUAUUCACCAACAUCGCCAACUUAUUCAGCACAAAGUCCAGCAUUGAAAAAUCAAGCUUAUGGAACAUCACCUAAAUAUAGUCCAACAAGUCCAAGUUAUUCUCCAUCGUCACCAUCGUAUUCUCCAACAAGUCCAUCUUAUUCACCAUCAUCACCUGGCUAUUCACCAUCUAGUCCACGUUAUUCUCCAUCGUCACCCGGUUAUUCAAAUACUGGUCCAUCACCAAAGUAUUCACCAUCAUCAAAGUAUUCUCCACAAAGUCCAUCAUAUUCACCAUCAAGUCCUUCAUAUACUCCAACAAGUCCAUCUUAUUCACCAACAUCACCAACGUAUAGUCCAACAUCUCCAACCUAUUCACCUCAAUCUCCAUCAGGUCCAUCAACACCUUCAUACAGUCCGACAUCUCCUACCUAUUCUCCAACAUCACCGCAAUAUUCACCAAGUGGCCAUGGUGGUAGCAGUGCAUCCCCAACCUACUCACCAACAUCACCAACGUAUUCUCCAACAUCUCCCACUUAUUCACCAACAUCACCACAAUAUUCACCCAGUUCACCUGUUUAUAAACCAUCAGGCAGUCAAUCUGGUUAUACUUCAUCUCUUUCUCCCACAUCACCGCAGUACAGUCCAACAUCACCAACAUAUUCUCCAUCUCAAUCAUCACCAAGAUAUAGUCCAACAUCUCCAAUCUAUAGUCCAAAUAUUGGUUCACCACGUUAUAGUCCAACAUCCCCUCAAUAUUCUCCUCAAUCUCCCGCAUCAUCGACAAUAUCUUCGUCAAUGUCUUCACCACGUACUCAUGAUGAUGAUGAUUUAAACGACAAUGGAGACUUAAUGGAAUAA